ACGAACUGAUCUCACGACCAGAAAUCUGACCGUGCAGAUCACGCGAAAUAAGGCGAUGAGGAGGAUAAAUAACUCCGUGUUAUUCCUAAAAACUCCAGCUGUGGACUGAACCGACAGCUGAUCCGCUUCACACCCUGUGACGUGGGAGGAGCCACGUGACGCGAGGGUGAAGACAAACGGGAGAAGGAUAAAUGCAGAAGAAACCACCUUUAAAUUUUGCUUGUCGUUUUUCAGUGGGCGAAGUCUUUUAUUUUAUUUAUUUAUUUAUUUAUUUUUUUUGUCUUUUCCUUCUGCAUCGUGGGGCUCACUUUGGAUUGGAUGGCGAUGCAAUGUGCCUUUAUGACACACCACUGACAGUGUGCAGAGGGGGAAAAGAGCAGCAAUGCUACUGAUGUGUCCUCAAGGAACAUGGGAAUGGAACUUCUUCAGCUAAAGGAGUGACGCUGUGCUUUUCCUGUUUUGUCUGCAGUCUGAGCACUAUGAGGGAGGGGAGCAUUUUCUGUUUACAGUGGACGACAACCAGUAACGGAGAUCCCAGACUGCUGAAGUGUUUGACAAAAGCCUACUGGACUUGAUGACAACAACAUAAAGGACAGUUGGUGGGACUAGGAGUUAGUGGACGAGGGAUAUAUAUGUGAAGUGAGAGUGGACAGAAGGUGAAAAGAAUGAAAGGAAGACCACAAGUAGAAAGUAAGAAGUUAAGAAUGCAGAGAUAAAAUAACACACUCGACUGUUGGGAAAACAGGAGAGGAGGGCUUUCCAGGAUUCUGAGAGUAUCUUCAAAACAAGAAGUCGUAGAAAUGUUUAUGAAUUUCCGCCGUAUUCAUAAGUGUCAGUGCGUGCAGCUGCUCACCACAGGCUUGCUGUUGUGUGUGGUGAUGGUGUGCUGGGAGGAGCUUGACCACCACGUGGUCAGCCACGUGAGAUCCUACUCCUACCGCUAUUUGGACAACAGCUACGACUUUGUCAACUCUUCCUUUGCCAUCACAACAAACCGCGGCCAUAACCGCAGAAGCGGCAGUUCCCACCUCGUAGAUGGCGGGUUUGUGAGCUACCCUUACCUCAUCAACCACCCGUGCAAAUGCAAAGCUGCGGAUGAGAAGACGUGGGAAGAAGUCCUCCUGCUUUUGUUUGUGAAAUCAUCUCCAGAGAACUUUGAGCAAAGGCAGGCGAUUAGGGACUCCUGGGGCAACCAAAGCUUUGCCCAGUCUGAAAUGGGGGCAAGUGUGAGGGUGCUGUUUGCUGUUGGUGUACCUUCAGAUGUCCUGCAGAGGAGCAGUGUGCAAAAAGCACUGCUCCAUGAGGACCAGGCUUAUGGCGACCUGAUUCAGCAGGACUUCGUGGACACCUUCCACAACCUGACUACGAAACUGAUCCUUCAGUUCCACUGGGUCCACCAGUAUUGCCCUCAGGCUGAUUUCCUCAUGUCUGCAGAUGACGACAUCUUUGUGCACAUGCCCAACUUGUUGAAGUACCUGUCACACCUCAAAAGUAGCCAGGCAGGGGCUAGAGACGUCUGGGUGGGGCACGUACACAGAGGCGCCCCCCCUGUUCGACGUAAGGACAGUAAAUACUACGUCCCCUAUGAGCUGUAUCCUUGGGCUUCCUACCCCGACUACACCUCUGGUGCAGGGUACGUGGUAUCAGGCGACGUAGCCGCGAAGAUAUACCAGGCUACUCUGCUGCUGAACACCUCCAUGUACAUAGACGACGUCUUCAUGGGAAUUUGUGCCAAGGCAAUGGGGGUCUCUCCCCAGGAGCACGUGUACUUUUCAGGGGAGGGAAAGACUCCUUACAACCCCUGCAUCUAUGAUCGAAUGAUCACAUCACACGGCCAUAUCACAGAUGUGCGCUUCCUGUGGCAGUCGGUGACCGGCCAUGAAGCGUAUAGGCACUCCAAAGGAUUUCUGAGUAAUCUGUACUGCACAGCGGUAAAAGUGAUGCUGCUGUGUCGACCUCAUUACCAGAACACUUAUUCCUGUAUGGCAGCUUUUUCAUAAUUGGACCUUUUAUGUGAUGUGACAACUGCUGAAUGUGUGUGACACACACACACACCCUGCCACUCAUUGCAGCAUUUUAAUGUGAUUUUAAUAUUUCACCGUUUCGGCGAAGUGGUUCACAGACUUCAUGAAUAUGUUUGCCAUCUUGUAGUAAAGAUCGAAGCUGUUCCAUCAGCUUUCACUCCAUUAUAGUGCGAAAGGGCAGAGCUGGUAAAACCUGUCUCAGGAGUAUUUACAUAACCGCCUUUGUCUCUCUGUACACAGAAGGGCACAUUUUACCUGCCAGCUACAGAAGUUCAGUGCUGUCAGGAGGAAGACGCACACUGUAAACUAGCUGGCAGUAUGCAUUUUUUUUUUUGUUACUGUCACGGUGGCACCUGAUGAAGUUAACUUCAUGCUCUGAAGACCUUUUCAAGAAACUGAAUUCAAUUAUGUUUUAAUGUUUGCUACUUAGUUGUGGUUUGAAAGGUUGUCUUUUAUUUUUUAAAUGAGCCUUAAACCACAAAGUUGUCAAGACUACAUUUUUGGUAACAUAUGAAGCUGUUUGGUUGGAUUGCUCUGACAAUGUGAAAUAAACCCUGGAGAAUCUUUA